AUGAACUUAUUAAGGGUAGUCUGUUUUUGUUUCCUAUGUAUUAUUAUAAAAAUAAAAUAUGCAUCAUCCGGAGAAGGUAUUUUUAAGAAUAGGGUUUUAAACCCAUUUCAUUACCAAUCGGAAAAAAGAAAAAUAAUGAAGCAUGUAAAUUCUCUAUCUCAUAUUUUUAACGACUUUAAAAAUAAUUUAUCAGAUUUAGAAAAUACGUAUGAUACAUUUUUAAAAUCGAUAGGUGUGUCUGAAGAAACUCAUAAGCAUUUAAUAAAUAUGAAUGAUGAGAAAACCAUAAAUUUUAUCGAAGAUAUGAAUGAACUGAAGAAUAAAUAUAAUAAAUUUAAAGAUAAAAUUGAUGAACAUUUAAAUAAUAAGAAACAAGAAUUUGAUGAUACAUUGAAAAGUACAGUGAAAGGAUUUUUUUAUAAAUCUAUUAAUGAACUAAAAGGAAUUAGUAAAUUUGUAAAAUAUAUUAAUAUAAAUGCCAGGAAUUUGAAUAAGAUAAUAACAAAUUUGUUUUCGAAAGCUACACAUUUGAGUGAUAUAUAUGAAGAAAAUGUAAAUAAUAUAAAUGAGAUAGGAAAAGAUUAUUAUAAAAUGAAAUUAAAAACAUUAGGUAAUUUAUUAUUAUCUAAAUAUAAUAGUUAUAAUAAAAAAAUAAAAUUAAUAUCAAAUGAAAAAUAUAUAGAUAAUUGUUCAAACAUUUUUUAUAUAGAAAUGUUAAAAGAUUAUUUACAAAAUAAUAUAAAACAAAAAAUUACAAUGAUUGAUUUUUCUACAUUCCUAGAACAUUUGUCAUUUAUGGAAUUAUCAUAUUUUUUUAAUACUUUUUUAAAAAAUUAUGAAAAGGGAUAUAUUGUUUAUGUUAUUAAUAGAGUAAAAAUGAAUUAUCAUAAUAAUAAAAUGAUAUUUAUUGAAAUAGACAAAUUAAUUGAAAUUGUAAACUUUAUAAAAAAAACAUAUAAUCAAUUCAAAAUAGAUUAUAUUGUUAUACAUAUAUUUAAUAUGUAUAUAUCUGUUUUUAUUAAUGUUAAUAAUAUAUUAUAUCAUGUAAAUUAUGAUGUUUUCUUUAAAAAUCAAUCUAUACAAUUAUAUAAUACAUAUAAUUAUGGAUACUUCUUUAUAAACCAAAAAUUAAAUCAAAAUAAAUAUCAUAAAAUUAAAGAACAUAUCUAUAUAUUAUAUUUAGGUUAUCGUACAGUAAAUGAUAACUAUCUAAUUUAUAAUAGAAAACAAAUGAUACAAUUUAAAAAAGACAAUGCUCAAAAUAUUAUACAACAUAAUAAAACAAACACAACAAAUCUAUUCCUAAAUAUGUACCUUUUGAAAUUAGCUUCUGAAUAUAAUUUCUAUACCGAUUUUUUAAAACUACAACAUGAAUAUGUUUUUAAAUUUUCUGUAUAUAAUUGUAAUAUGAUAUUAACCUACGACUCCUUGAAUAAGUUUAAUAUACCCAACGAAAAAUUUACCCCCCACUUUAAAGAUGUGUACAUUUUAAUCAUCAUUUACCCAGGGGAAAGCCUAGGAAUGCUGUGCAACUUUUUCAAUAAUUACCUUUUUCGAGAAUCCAUUUUUAAUUUAAAAAACGAAGAAUCCAAUGUUCUCGAAAUAUAUUCAGAUGUUAAUAGAUUAACAUUAAUUGCGAACAAUAAAACUAAGCAUUAUUAUGUUAACACCAAAUAUGAAAUACCUUCAGAGUCUUUAGAAAAAAGUUUACAAAAAAUUCAAAAUUGUUUGAAGUAUUAUGCAAAUAGUAAUUACAAUGAUUAUUUUGAUUAUUUGAACAUUUUUUAUUUUAUAUCCUCCGAUGAAAUAUACAUAUAA